AUGCCACUGGGAGACGAGCUCAGCAAGUCCCCGCCGUGGUGGCACCUUGCUGCCCUGAUAAAUUUUGUAGCCUGCCAGCUGUUUGCCCUUUUGGCUGCUUUUUGGUUUCGUGUUUACUUGGGUCCCAGUCAUGCCAGUUCUGCUGUUCGCCAUGCGUUUGCCACCCUCUUUGGAAUAUACUUUGCUGUCUUCUGCUUUGGGUGGUAUUCCAUACAUCUGUUUGUCCUGGUGAUGAUGAACUAUGGCAUUAUGAACAUGGCGAGUAUUCCAAACAUCCACAGGUACUCCUUUGCCGUAGCUAUGGGAUACCUCACGUUGUGCCACAUAAGCCGAAUAUACAUAUUUCAUUAUGGUAUUCUUACUACAGAUUUUUCUGGAGGAUUAUGCUGUCCACUGAUGAUAAUUACACAGAAGAUCACAACACUUGCAUGCCAACUCCAUGAUGGAAUAGGGCGACAAGCUGAGGAACUCACUGCUGAACAAAAUCGGCUUGCUGUAAAGACCAAACCUUCUUUACUGGAGUACUUAAGCUAUCUCCUCAAUUUCAUGAGCAUUAUAGCUGGGCCUUGCAGCAAUUACAAGGAUUAUAUAGCCUUCAUUGAAGGGAGACAUGUACACAUGAAACUCUUAGAAGUGAACUGGAAGCAGAAAGGUUAUGACAGACUUCCUGAUCCUUCUCCAACUGGAGCAGUGAUGUACAAGCUGUGUAUCACACUGUUAUCUCUUGUUUUGUUCUUGACGCUUACCAAGAAUUUCCCUAUGGCAUAUAUUGUUGAUAAUGAAUUUCUUGAGAAAACAUCCUUCUUGUCAAGACUUGGUUACCUGUAUGUUGUCACACAGGCAGCAAAGCCCAAGUAUUACUUUGCAUGGACUUUAGCAGAUGCAAUCAACAAUGCGGCUGGUUAUGGAUUCAGUGGAGUGGAUGAGAAAGGCAUUUUCCGUUGGGACCUGCUAUCCAACUUAAAUAUCUGGAACAUUGAGGUGAGUUAAAGGAGUGACGGUGUUGAUGUAAUUAUAGAAAAAUGGGCAUGAUAAUGAGGAGAAGCUUUGCUGCAAGGAAAGAUAAGUCCAUGCCACUGAGCUGUCUCUCUCU